AUGCGCGCCUUCCAUCUAACUGCGUUAUUGCCUGCCUUUCUGGCAGUUGAGGCAGCAGUCCUCGAAGCCCCUAUCCCGGGAUAUCAAGUCUACGUCCCAGAAUGGGAGGUCCAGGCUACCCCGGAUGGCCCGACCAUCCGUCUGAACGGCACUGUCGAAGAAGUCGUCGACAAGCUUCAUGAGAUCAACCCCGACUACGAGGAAUUUCUCAACUCAACCAUUGAGCAGUCCGCAGCCUUGCAAAAGCGAACCGACUUCUCAGGCACUCAAGUGUUCUGCGGCAACUUUGGCGCGGCUGAACGUGACAGAUUCUUCGCCGGAAUUGGCUAUCUCCGGGGCAUCGGAGGACGGCCCUCGAAUGGUGCUGGUCCCGGAAACUGCGGCCGCGUCAGUUGCUCCUGGAGAGCUGCAAUCUGGUGGUGUAAUGACGCCCGAAGCCAGAAGACUCUUUCUUCGUACUCCUCCAUCGCCGACGGUGCGUCGCGUGUGCUUGAGGUGUGCAGGGGAGAUCCCCUCAGUGGUCAAGCUUUCCACCCCACCGACUGGAACGUCGUUCUUCGACAAGACUCGUGUUGA